AUGCCGCCUGCAUUCACCUACCACGCGAAGGCUCAGUCCACAUUCAAGCCCCCGCUCAUUGCGAAUGAAAAUGCAUUCCUGGGCGAUGUUAUAUCGAGUGACAAGGACAACGCCGAAAAGCCCAUCUCCUGUGGAUUCUAUCGCUUAGAAAAGGGUACCCCACUUGUGUACACCUACACUUAUGACGAAAUGAAGAUUAUUCUGGAAGGACAUUUUGUGAUCGCGGAUGAGACAGGCCAGAAGGUCAUGGCCAGUCCUGGUGAUGUGUUUUAUUUCCCCAAGGGAGCCACAAUUACCUUCACGACUGAGGACUAUGGACUAGCAUUCUACACGGGACAAAGAGCUGAGGGAGCGGCAUAG